CCGGACAAGUCACAUCUCUAAGAAAAAAUCGCUUCUCUUUAAGAUACGACUCCAAAAAAAAAAAAGAAAAAAUAAACAUAUUUUCUAUUGAUUAAAGAAAUUACCAGAAACAAAACAAAAAACCGCUUAGUAGAAAAAAUCAAAGUUUUAAUCAAUCAGUGCAACAAGUCAAGUGCCAAAUAUUGUGGAUACACCAAAAACAAAAAAUAACAGCAACGUAAAUGGCUGUCUCAGCUUUAACCAUGACUCCAUAUUUCGCUGGAUAUCCCUUUCAAGGACAAGGUCGUGUCAAUCAAUUGGGCGGUGUCUUCAUUAAUGGCCGUCCCUUGCCAAAUCAUAUUCGCAGACAAAUUGUCGAAAUGGCUGCUGCCGGUGUCAGGCCUUGUGUCAUCUCUCGCCAGCUUCGCGUCUCACAUGGUUGCGUUUCAAAGAUUCUGAAUCGUUACCAGGAGACUGGCUCCAUACGCCCCGGCGUUAUUGGAGGCAGCAAGCCACGUGUGGCCACUCCCGACAUUGAGGCCAAAAUCGAGGAAAUGAAACAGGAAAACCCCGGCAUCUUCAGUUGGGAGAUUCGUGCCAAGCUCAUCGAAUCAGGCAUGUGUGACAAGAAUUCAGCCCCUUCGGUCAGCUCUAUCAGUCGUUUAUUGCGUGGAGGAUCCAUGAGUGAGUCUGGCCCCAAUGGCCACUCCAUCGAUGGCAUUUUGGGACCCUUAUCAGGCCAUUCGGGAGAUGACAGCGAGGAUGAUGCCGAACCUGGAGUAGAAUUGAAGCGUAAACAACGCCGUUCCCGCACCACCUUCAACAAUGAGCAGGUUGAUGCUUUGGAACGUGUGUUUGCCCGCACCCAGUACCCAGAUGUCUAUACCAGAGAAGAAUUGGCCCAAUCCACAGGACUCACCGAGGCACGCGUCCAAGUGUGGUUCUCAAACCGCCGUGCUCGUCUACGCAAACAGCUUAACACCCAGCAGGUCAGCAGCUUCAGUGCUCCUUCAUCGUCCUUUGCUGCCUCUAGUGCUGCCCAAUAUCCUGCUGCAGCCCAUCACAUGUCCACCGCUUCAGCCUUGACUCACUCUCACAAUAUGGGUUUGUACAGCCAGACCUCAAGCUGGCCCUCACUGGGAGCAGCUCAACAGACACCAGCCACUAGCUUUGAACAAAAUCACACCUAUGCCCACUCAACGGGAUCGGCGCCCUCCAUGUCACCCCACAGUUCUUCGGGCUACAGCUCCGCCUCGCUAUCCCCUAACCAUCAGCCAACUCAAACUGCCGUCACCUCCGCCAGUGCCAACCAGAACUACAUGAACUCCACUUCCUAUGGUCAAUCAGCUAUUGGACAAUCUUCAAGUGCUGCCUACACCUCAUCAUCGGCGGCUUAUCCCUCAGUGUCGGCCUCAGCUGCUUUUGGUGCCUCACCAGCUGAACAGCUGCGUUCCCAGUUCGCCUCUGCCGCAGCUUCGGCAACAUCACAUCAUCAUCCCUCAUCAUGGGACUCUUACAACUUCUCUAGCUCCUUCUUCGCUCCCUCGGCCACUGGCAAUCCCAUGAACUCUUAUCACGCCAGCAUGGUUGACACCAAACCUGCUGCCACCGCCGCCACUGCUGCAGCAACCUAUCCCUACUUUGGCUUCUAAUCGCACAGAGACACACACGUGCGUUCUCCCUAGUACACCUUCGCUCGCUUAUCACAUCAAAGCCGCCAAUUUACAUAUCGAGCCCAUUUAUUUGGCGUUAAUAGCGCUUUCAAUAAUCAAACAAUUUCUCGUUUUAUCGGCGAUAAUUUAUUCAGAUUUUCUUAGGUUAUCUUUAUGAUCUGUUUGACUUGAGAUAUUCUAUUGUUCGUUUGGAAGAAAAACACAACUUUGUAAUUAUUUAAAUAUAAGAAUUGCCUCUCUUUCUCUAUCUAAUAUAAGCAUAUCCAUGAUCCAUGGCAGAUGAUGAUGGUAGAUAUUUGGUAUUAUCAUCUGUUAUUUAUCCCCCAACCCCCCCUUCCCCACCACCCAACACCCAACUGCCCAAUGAGUUUUGAGACUGUUGUAGAUAUGUUAAGUUUUUAAUUUGUAGUCCUAUCUAAGAUAAGUUUUGAUCGUUUUUGUUUUUUGAAAAAUACAUUCAAGAAAAAUUAUUUGAAAAUCAAA